AUGGCUUCGGGUGACCACACAGGCUCGAGCGUCGAGCUCUAUGAAUCUGGAUUGACCGUCCGCUCGGACUCGGAGAAUUAUUCGGCCAACAAUGAGCUAUCCGAGUCGACGUCAAGUUCUCCUCUGAUCCUCUACAAACCUCCUACGAUCUGGAGUAUUUUGCGAGGUGCCGCCAUCAACCUGGUUCUCCCCUUCGUGAAUGGACUCAUGUUGGGAUUUGGUGAAUUAUUUGCACAUGAAGCAGCCUUCCGCCUAGGAUGGUCUGGCACAAAGAUCUUCCCUACCUAUCGGAGAACAGUCGGUCCUGGUGUGGAGGUUCGAGAAGUGCCAUCACGGAGGAAUACUAGCUUGUGA